AUGCAUCGUGAUGGUAAUGAGGGCCUGAGCAAACUUCAUCAUUUAUCACAAAGACCGAAUUCCAAGAACAUAUUGGAAUUUUAUACGAAGAUCUCGGUGGAUCCGGAAUAUCUCAUUGAGUUUUAUUAGACGGAUGACUUAUGGCUUGAGCUCGAUGACGACGAUUUCGAAUGCGCUUUCACGCCGAGUUCAUCAGUGCUCUGUGAAUCCAGUCGACUCUAUCAGUCCAUGGAUUCAGCCGCUAGCGUUCGACCACGUCGUCCACCGAUCGCACUGCCACCUCCUCCGCCACGCUCUGCACCGCCACUAAGCGGUUCCGGACAAACGCAGAAGUCACAACAGAGCACUGAUACGGUUGCAGCCGCAGUACAUCCGAUUGCCACUCCGUCGAAGACCAGUCCACUGCACCAG